AUGUCUACCCAAGGUUCCCAAAACCGCCGAAAUCAGCCAGUCUACCAUUUCGAUGGCACUGAAGAUUUCAAAGAAGUCGUCGGAAAGAACGUGAAGUACCACCUGGACAACUGUCUCAAGGACAUGGGCCAGAAGGCAAAGGACACCAUCAAUAAUCUCGUGAAUCUCCUUCCUUGGAAGAAGAAGGAGGAGGCAGAAAAGAAGGAGAAGGGGAUCAAAGAGUUUUUAUUGGGUCUGUGGGAUGAGUAUCCCUUGAGCCUAUACGGUUUAGAAAGCUAA